CGUCACGCGUCCCCGGCUCCGCCCGCGCCGCAGCGUCAGCGCGCGUCAGGCGCUGUCCGCGCCCCCGGUGCUGAAGCGACAUGGCCGGCGGCCGGGCCCCGGCGUGAGCCCCGAGCCCCACGCUGCGCCCGCCGCGCCCUGGCCGCCCGGAGUCAUGUCUCUGCUGUGCGUGGGAGUCAAAAAAGCCAAGUUUGACGGCGCCCAAGAGAAGUUCAACACGUAUGUGACGCUGAAGGUGCAGAACGUGAAGAGCACUACCAUUGCUGUGCGCGGCAGCCAGCCGAGCUGGGAGCAGGACUUCAUGUUUGAGAUCAACCGCCUGGAUCUGGGCCUAACAGUGGAGGUGUGGAACAAAGGCCUCAUCUGGGACACGAUGGUGGGCACAGUGUGGAUCCCGCUUCGGACGAUUCGCCAGUCCAACGAGGAGGGUCCAGGAGAGUGGCUGACACUGGACUCUCAGGCCAUCAUGGCGGACAGUGAGAUCUGUGGGACCAAGGACCCCACCUUUCACCGAAUCCUUCUGGAUGCACAUUUUGAGCUGCCCUUGGACAUCCCUGAAGAGGAGGCACGCUACUGGGCUAAGAAGCUGGAGCAGCUGAACGCCAUGCGAGACCAGGAUGAGUACCCCUUCCAGGACCAGUCGGACAAGCCGCUGCCUGUGCCCAGCAGCCAGUGCUGCAACUGGAAUUAUUUUGGCUGGGGAGAGCAGAACGAUGACCCCGACAGUGCGGUGGAUGACCGCGACAGUGACUAUCGAAGUGAGACUAGCAACAGCAUCCCGCCGCCUUACUGCACGACGUCACAGCCCAACGCCUCGGUGCACCAGUACUCCGUGCGCCCUCCGCCGCUGGGGUCCCGGGACUCCUACAGCGACUCCAUGCACAGCUAUGAGGACUUCUCCGAGCCGCGGGCGCUCAGCCCCACAGGCAGCAGCCGCUAUGCAUCCUCCGGGGAGCUGAGCCAGGGCAGUUCUCAGCUGAGCGAGGACUUUGACCCGGAUGAGCACAGCCUGCAGGGCUCAGAGCUGGAUGAGGAACGCGACCACGACUCCUACCACUCCUGUCACAGCUCCGUGAGCUACCACAAAGAUUCUCCCCGCUGGGACCAGGACGAUGAGGACCUGGAGGACCUGGAGGACCUAGAAGAUGAAGAGCUACCUGAGGAGGAGGACGAGGAAGAGGAGGAGGAGGAAGAAGAGGAGGAUGUGCCAGAUGACCUGGCUAGCUAUGCCCAGCAGGAGGACACCACUGUGGCCGAGCCAAAGGAGUUCAAGCGGGUCAGCCUUCCGCUGGCCACGCCUCAGAAGGAUGACAAGGCUCCAGCUGCACCCACAGAGGCCCCUGAUAUGGCCAAGAGCGUCCCCAAAGCGGCCACACCUGAAGAGAUGGCAGCUGUAGAGCGUGCGCAGGAAGCUGAGCCCCCCAAGUCUGAGGAGAGUUUCAGGUCUCGAGAGGAUGAGGAGGGCCAGGAAGGGCAGGAUGCCAUGUCCAGGGCCAAAGCCAACUGGCUGCGAGCCUUCAACAAGGUGCGCAUGCAGCUGCAGGAGGCACGAGGAGAAGGCGAGAUGUCCAAGUCUCUAUGGUUCAAAGGCGGCCCUGGUGGUGGCCUCAUCAUCAUUGACAGCAUGCCAGACAUCCGGAAGCGGAAGCCCAUUCCCCUCGUGAGCGACCUGUCACUGGUCCAGUCGCGGAAGGCGGGCAUCACCUCAGCCUUGGCCUCUAGCACACUGAACAACGAGGAACUGAAAAACCACGUUUACAAGAAGACCUUGCAAGCCUUAAUCUACCCCAUCUCCUGCACCACCCCGCACAACUUCGAGGUGUGGACGGCCACCACGCCCACCUACUGCUAUGAGUGCGAGGGGCUGCUGUGGGGCAUCGCUCGGCAGGGCAUGCGCUGCACGGAGUGUGGCGUGAAGUGCCAUGAGAAGUGCCAGGACCUGCUCAACGCGGACUGCCUGCAGCGGGCGGCAGAAAAGAGUUCCAAACAUGGCGCCGAAGACCGCACGCAGAACAUCAUCAUGGUGCUGAAGGACCGCAUGAAGAUCCGCGAGCGCAACAAGCCUGAGAUCUUUGAGCUGAUCCAAGAGAUCUUCGCUGUCACCAAGAGCGCGCACACACAGCAGAUGAAGGCCGUCAAGCAGAGCGUGCUGGAUGGCACGUCCAAGUGGUCAGCCAAAAUAAGCAUCACAGUGGUCUGUGCCCAGGGCUUGCAAGCCAAGGAUAAGACAGGGUCCAGUGACCCUUAUGUCACUGUCCAGGUUGGAAAGACCAAGAAAAGAACAAAAACCAUCUAUGGGAACCUCAACCCGGUGUGGGAAGAGAAUUUCCACUUCGAGUGUCACAACUCCUCUGACCGGAUCAAAGUGCGUGUCUGGGAUGAAGACGACGAUAUCAAAUCCCGAGUGAAGCAGAGGUUUAAGAGGGAGUCUGACGACUUCCUAGGUCAGACCAUCAUCGAGGUUCGGACUCUUAGCGGCGAGAUGGAUGUGUGGUACAAUCUGGACAAGAGAACAGACAAGUCUGCUGUGUCAGGUGCCAUUCGGCUUCACAUCAGUGUGGAGAUCAAAGGGGAGGAGAAGGUGGCGCCCUACCAUGUCCAGUAUACCUGUCUACAUGAGAACCUGUUCCACUUUGUAACGGAUGUGCAGAACAAUGGCGUGGUGAAGAUCCCUGAUGCCAAGGGUGACGACGCCUGGAAGGUUUACUAUGAUGAGACGGCCCAGGAAAUCGUGGAUGAGUUCGCCAUGCGCUAUGGCGUGGAGUCCAUCUACCAAGCCAUGACCCACUUUGCCUGCCUCUCCUCCAAGUAUAUGUGCCCCGGGGUACCUGCAGUCAUGAGCACGCUGCUUGCCAACAUCAACGCCUACUACGCACACACCACCGCCUCCGCCAACGUGUCUGCUUCCGACCGCUUCGCUGCCUCCAACUUCGGGAAAGAGCGCUUUGUGAAACUUCUGGACCAGCUGCACAACUCCCUGCGGAUAGACCUGUCCAUGUACCGGAACAACUUCCCGGCCAGCAGCCCCGAGCGGCUGCAGGACCUCAAGUCCACGGUGGAUCUUCUCACCAGCAUCACCUUCUUCCGCAUGAAGGUCCAGGAGCUGCAGAGCCCGCCGCGCGCCAGCCAGGUGGUAAAGGACUGCGUGAAGGCCUGCCUCAACUCCACCUAUGAGUACAUCUUCAACAACUGCCAUGAGCUCUACGGUCGAGAGUACCAGACAGACCCGGCCAAGAAGGGGGAGGUUCCCCCAGAGGAGCAGGGUCCCAGCAUCAAGAACCUAGACUUCUGGUCCAAGUUGAUCACUCUCAUCGUUUCCAUCAUUGAGGAGGAUAAGAACUCCUACACACCCUGCCUCAACCAGUUUCCCCAGGAGCUGAAUGUGGGGAAGAUCAGCGCUGAGGUGAUGUGGAGCCUGUUUGCCCAGGACAUGAAGUAUGCCAUGGAGGAGCAUGACAGACACCGGCUGUGCAAGAGCGCUGACUACAUGAACCUGCACUUCAAGGUCAAGUGGCUGUACAAUGAGUACGUGGCGGAGCUGCCCGCCUUUGAAAACCGCGUGCCCGAGUACCCUGCGUGGUUUGAACCCUUUGUCAUCCAGUGGUUGGAUGAGAAUGAGGAGGUGUCCCGAGACUUCCUGCACGGAGCGCUGGAGCGGGACAAGAAGGACGGUUUCCAGCAGACAUCGGAGCACGCCCUGUUCUCCUGCUCAGUGGUCGACGUCUUCUCCCAGCUCAACCAGAGCUUCGAGAUCAUAAAAAAGCUGGAGUGUCCUGACCCCCAGAUUGUGGGCCACUACAUGAGGCGCUUCGCCAAGACCAUCAGCAAUGUGCUGCUCCAGUAUGCCGACAUUGUUUCCAAGGACUUCGCCUCCUACUGCUCCAAGGAGAAGGAGAAAGUGCCCUGCAUCCUCAUGAACAACACACAGCAGCUACGAGUGCAACUGGAAAAGAUGUUUGAGGCAAUGGGUGGGAAGGAGCUGGAUGCAGAGGCCAGUGGCACCCUAAAGGAGCUGCAGGUGAAACUGAACAACGUCCUGGAUGAGCUCAGUCACGUGUUUGCCACCAGCUUUCAGCCACACAUCGAGGAGUGUGUCAAGCAGAUGGGUGACAUCCUGAGCCAAGUGAAGGGCACGGGCAAUGUGCCUGCCAGCGCCUGCAGCAGCGUGGCCCAGGAUGCAGACAACGUGCUGCAGCCCAUCAUGGACCUGCUGGACAGCAACCUCACGCUGUUCGCCAAAAUCUGUGAGAAGACUGUUCUGAAGCGAGUGCUGAAGGAGCUGUGGAAGCUAGUGAUGAACACCAUGGAAAAGACCAUCGUCCUGCCUCCACUCACUGACCAAACGGGCACCCUCUUGAGAAAACAUGGCAAGGGCCUAGAAAAGGGCAGGGUGAAACUGCCAAGCCACUCAGACGGCACACAAAUGAUCUUCAACGCUGCCAAGGAGCUGGGCCAGCUGUCCAAACUUAAGGAUCACAUGGUGCGAGAAGAAGCGAAGAGCUUGACCCCGAAGCAGUGCGCCGUGGUCGAGCUGGCUUUGGACACCAUCAAGCAAUACUUCCACGCGGGGGGCGUGGGCCUCAAGAAGACCUUUCUGGAGAAGAGUCCUGACCUUCAAUCCCUACGCUACGCCCUCUCGCUCUACACGCAGGCCACCGACCUGCUCAUCAAAACCUUCGUGCAGACUCAGUCCGCGCAAGGCUCGGGUGUGGAAGAUCCUGUGGGCGAAGUGUCUGUCCACGUGGAGCUGUUCACGCAUCCAGGAACUGGGGAACAGAAGGUCACAGUGAAAGUGGUGGCCGCCAACGACCUCAAGUGGCAGACUUCUGGCAUCUUCCGUCCAUUCAUCGAGGUCAACAUCGUUGGACCUCACCUCAGCGACAAAAAACGCAAGUUCGCCACCAAAUCCAAAAACAACAGCUGGGCGCCCAAGUACAACGAGAGCUUCCAGUUCUCCCUGAGCGCCGACGCAGGCCCCGAGUGCUAUGAACUGCAGGUGUGCGUGAAGGACUACUGCUUCGCCCGCGAGGACCGCACGGUGGGGCUGGCGGUGCUGCAGCUGCGGGAGCUGGCCCAGCGCGGGAGCGCCGCGUGCUGGCUGCCGCUCGGCCGCCGCAUCCACAUGGACGACACGGGGCUCACGGUGCUGCGUAUCCUGUCGCAGCGCAGCAACGAUGAGGUGGCCAAGGAGUUCGUCAAGCUCAAGUCCGACACACGCUCGGCCGAGGAGGGGGGUGCCGCACCAGCGCCCUAGCGCUAGUUGGGAUGGGGCGGGACCUGAGAGCGGGUAAGGCUCCGCCCUUUGCAGCCACGCCCUCUCCAGAGGCCACGCCCCACAUCAGUGGCCUUGGCUGGGGAGGCCCUGCCUCCUGGCCCUGGAAAAGCCAUAGAAGGUCCGGUGCCCAGGGCCUGGGCUGGGCAGGGCUGCCUGGGGGCGGGGACAGCUCCUGAUGUCUGUGCAAAACCCAGCGCGGGAUGGGGUUUCAAAAGCACACGUGCCCUCAGCGCAGCCGAGGGCCUGAGGGCGUCCCUCCCCGAGGAUCCCGCCCUCAGCAGCGCUGCUGGCAGCUGGUGACCUGCUCGUGCUGCACACGGGGGGCUGAGCUCUGAGGGAUGGCCCAGCCCCCAUCGCUGCUAAAUACCCUUCUCCCCAAUUCUUUACUGAGGGACCCCAGGACCAGGGCCCCCCGAACCCUCAGGCUGCCAAACAAGAGCCCCGUCCAUGCCCUUCCUCCUGGGACUUUAGGCGGAAUCCGGCUAGUCCUGCCAAGAAGGGGGGGAGGGCUUGGGGGUUUCCCCUGAGUUAGGAGCGCACUGUCCUUUCUCCAAAUCCAGGCAGGAAAGAACCGCAAGAGACCAGGAACUAGGAAGGACAGAGCGAGCGAGAAUAUCCAGGGUCCUGUGGUUACAGACAGGCGACCUUUUUCUAUUAGCUUGAAAUCAAAGCAUGUCCCUUGAAUUCAGACACAUGCAGUGACAGGGUAGGAUACAGACUCCAUCCAGGUACAGGGGAGCUCAGAGACUGUGUUCUACACCUUGACAAGGGAGAACUCCCAACCACACUGAGCUCAGGAAGGAGUGACUUAGACUUUAGGGCAUCAAGCAUAGCUAAAGAGGCUGUGGCCUGCCCAGAGACCAGCCAUACAAAGUUUCUAAAUCGCUGACAAGAACGUGAGGUGGGGGUGUGUGUGAGCCAAGCUAAUUAGGGCCAUGUCUGUGUUUUCUAGCCUCAGACUGUUGAGCGAGCUACAUGGGAGUGUUUGUUGAGUGACGUGUUCUGAUUCCCAGGCUAGGACUGUUUGAAAUUUUUUCUUUUAUUUACCCACCUAUUCAUCCCUCAACACCCAUCACAAAAAUCUUUUGUACAUUUCUCAAGGACUUCCCGAGGCCAUUCUUUCAUUUCUCUGACUUGGCCCUGAUAUCAGAAGACUGGGAGUCUGUGCCUGACUGUUUCUCCUAACGCCCAGGCUUCGGCCUCAUGGAAGCCCCACACUUCCCCAGCAUAAGCAGGCCACAGGAACUGAAGGAAGGUUGUGCUGACUUGAAUUAUGUGUUGAGUGGUUGAGGGGUCUGCCUAUGACCCGCCUUCACAAGCAUGUUUGUCCUUACAACUCCCCCCGCCCAGACAGAUCCCUCUCCCCUGCCAUGGGAGGUGUCCAAGCUGAGCCCCAGGUGCAGAGGGGACAGCUCUGCUCUCAGGACAGCCCCUGGCAUAGCAGUGUCCUCAAAGGAAGUUAAUCCAGGUCCAGUCCUGAAAGGCCCUUGGAGUUCUCACCACCUUGCCUGGUGGACCUGGGCUGCCGGGCGCUGCUGGGGUCCUGCAUUAAGUUAUACUGGGGUGCAGCUCCAAACUCUUGGUCCACAGCAGGCUGGAAAGAGCCACGGCCCCUCCCACAGGAGGGACGGGACUAGCGGCGACAGAUGCCAGGGGAUGAGGGAGGCUGCCGUGUGGGCAGAAAAGGGGAGCAAGGACGAGCAGGUGGAAGGAUCUGGGUCCAGGCUCAUCCAUACCCUACCUAAAAUUCCCCAGGGAGGAGGCUGGGGAGUGGCUCAGCACCUGCCAAUCAUGUACUGUUCCGGGUUCCUUCGCCAACAUCGACAAAUUAAAAAGGCCUUGUCGUCAGCUCACCCUGGGUGGAGUCAGAACUUGAAGAGGCUUCCUCUGCACCCCAGUCCCUCUGGGCUCCUGGGCCUGUUGCCUCACCUGUCCCAUCAGACAUGCAAAA